AAAUAUGGCGUUCAAAAUAGAGACUUCAAAUCAGGAUACAACUUUUUGGUAUGAAUUCAUCGAACUUUACCGCAAUCUCCCCAUACUGUGGUCAGACGCACAUGAAAACAAACCAAAACAUCUUCGUGAUCGUGCGCUUAAUAUACUGCUACGAAAAUAUCGAGAAACAGAUGCCGCAGCAGGGGUUAGGGAAAUUAAACAACUUUUAAAAGAUCUUCGCUUAGCUUACCGAACCGAACUGAAGCUAGCUUUGGAGCACACAUAUGCCACUGGCAAUAGUUUGAGCAACUACCGAUCGGCUCUGUGGUACUUUGAAGCGUUAAGUUUUUUGGAAUCGAAAGAACUGCGCACUUUAAAAUUGCAUUCCGGUUUGACUGGAGACAAUUCUGGCAUCGUAAUAGAUACAUCUUUUAGCACCAUUGAUGAUAGUUUUUCGUGUAUCAAUAAUUAUGAUGAUGAGAUCGUUCUUUAUUGCAAGUCGCUCGUACCCGCGCUGAAACGUUUACCGCCCCAGCAGUUGAUGUACGCAAAAUAUCACAUCGACAAUGUUGUGAAAUGGGGCCGCAUUGGUAUCCUAACCAAUGACCGGCCGCACAUUGAUGCGGAUGGAUCUAAAAAAUCGUCUGGUGCUGUAAAUGUUGAAAACUGUAUCGAGGUGUUGACAACACAAAACUAUAUUGCAGUUCCCCCGAAACGCCUCAAAGUUGAUCAACACAACAGCGAUGAUGCUAACCAUGCUACCACUUCCUUGGCUUAUGAUAUGUGCAAACACAUAUCAAUGCCGUCUGAAGAGUGUUUAGUUGUGGUAGAUGUGUCAGAAAAUGAUAUCGAACAAUUUAAACUAGCUUCCGUCGACAAUGAAUUCGAUAAUCUAUCUUUCGAAACCAGCUCUCCGACGUAUGCUCGACCUGAUGGGACUUCGGAUUCGGAUAGGAUCAUACAUUUGGAAAUCUCUCAUUCGGACUUGGAAGAUGGUGCAGAUCCACACGAAACGGCAGAUCCACACGAGACGACAUUGAAAAAUGCGGAACCAGUGCUGGAACUAACUCUUCGCAGACAGUGUACGAUGCAAUUUUCACACUACAUACGAAACGUUGUGCCAAAAUACAGUGACGAAGAGUUUUUACGACAAUUUCGAAUUGGACGUAAAGCUGUCCAGAUGAUCUGCAACCAUUUAGAAACAACUUCGGCGUACAAGAAAUUAAGAGGACAUGGCGGGUACGAAGCUAUUAGUCCGCAAACGCACGUAUUAUCGUUUCUGUGGUUUCUUGGGCACGAUAAAACGUCCUAUCGGGAUGUAGCAUCUCAGUUUAAUCUAUCCGUAAGCUGUUUGCAUAGUGUUAUCUGCAGAGUAGCGGAUGCUAUUUUGAGUAUGAAACACAUCCUGAUGAUAUCACUGUCUGAAGCGAGGAAAACAGCAUCGGACAUUGCGUUUUCCAAGAAAUGUAAUUUUUCUGGCGUAAUUGGAUGCGUUGGUGGAACACAAAUCAAGAUUGAUAAACCGAGAGAAAAUCCAGAAAGGUAUCUACUUACAAAGGGGCACUAUUCCAUUCAGCUGCAAGCAAUUAUUGAUGAAAACUUACGUUUCGUUGAUGUUUUCGUGGAAUAUCCCGAUGAGCCGGAACUGCUGGAAACGGUCAAACGCAUAUGUGGCAAUAGGUAUUGCUUGCUUGGCAACGCUUCAUAUCCCUGCAUGAACCAGUUGUUGGUGCCCUACCCCGUCGACGAAGUGUUGCUUACCCAAGCGCAGAAAACUUACAACGACCACCUGCAGACGGUCACUAGUCAAUGUAACCAAAUAUUCGCCCAUCUCAAGACACGUUUCCGCCGCCUGCAUCACCUCAAGGGACGACAUCUAUCUCGGAUGGUGGACUUGAUCAAAGUGUGCUGCAUACUGCACAACCUGGCUUCGGUAGCAGAGUUGAAACAGCUGGAAGGGGAUGUGAACCAACUUCCUCCCGAGCCUAUCUUUACUUACAUCUCCGAAACCCGAGCUCAUGAAGACAUUGUGCAUGGUCAGCAGAAGAGAGAUAAAAUUUGUGCUAAAUAUCAAUAAACCGUUUGUAAAGAAUCGUUAUACUACUACUUCACGGAAUG